CUGUCAACAAAAGCUCUACCAUGGCCGGAGCAUGAGGCUGCUGCAACCGCCUCCGUCGCUCAGUGGUGGAUGCAGAAUUUUAUUCUAAUGGAUUCCUUUUGGUUUUCGAUCGUCCAUCACUUGUCAUCAAAAGCUGUUUUAAAUGUGUGGAUCUCUGGAUCUCUGAUGUUAUUGAGGAAUUCCUCACCAGGUCCGAGUUAAAAAACCAGGAGGUCCAAAUAGGAACGGUCAAGAAGUACUCAAUCGGGCCAUCCAUCUGGUGCUGAAGACAUUGGUGCUUUUACCUGGAAACACCGAUAUUGUUUUUUUUUACAUAUUGUUGAGGGCCGUAUUAACCCAUAAAUCUUAACAAAUCAAUGGCAUCAUCAUCAUUGGCGUCUUCAAGCUCCACUCCAGGUUGUUCUACUCAACAGUGGAAUUACGAUGUUUAUCUAUGUUUUCGAGGAACAGACACUGGAAAGAGCUUCGUAGGUCAUCUCUAUGCCGCACUUUACCAACGAGGAAUCCUUACUUACCUUGACACAGAAACACUUCCGCAUGGCGUACCCAUUGAUGCAACACUCUUCAAUGCUAUCAAAGAAUCACGGAUUGCUAUCGUGGUGUUGUCGAAAAACUUUGCAAAUUCUUCGUUUUGCUUGAAUGAACUUGCGUAUAUCAUAAAGUGUAGAGAUGAGAUGGGGCAAAUCGUUAUACCCAUAUACUAUCAUGUUCAUCCCUCAGAAGUGCGAAAACAAGAAGGGGCAUUUUCUUCGUAUAAGUGGGAGAUCAAGAAUGAUUAUAACAAAUUCGUGUCAUGGAGAAAUGCAUUAGUGGAUAUUGCAAGUAAAGAUAAUGGAUGGAUAGUCGGUGACAUUCCUGAAUCGGUAUGUAUCAGACAAGUUGUUGAUACAAUUUCGAAUAAACUGUUUCCCAACAAAGGCUUCAUUAAAUUGGGGACAGACUUACAAGAUCUCAAAUUGAGGGGUACUGCUGAAUCAGUUUAUCAUCAUUCCAGACAAAUCAACACAUCAGUCACAUCUUCAAUUUCUACUAAGUUGGCCAAAUAUGAUGUGUUUUUGAGUUUUCGAGGAGAAGACACUCGCUUCAACUUUGUGGAUCACCUAUACUCAGCUCUUGAGCAACACAAAAUUCUCACUUACAUGGAUAAGGAAAUAAAGUUCUCUGGUCCAUUACAUUCACACUCAAUUAAUGCUAUUGAAGAAGCACGAAUUUCCAUUAUCAUAUUCUCCAUAAAUUAUGCAAGCUCUUCCUUGUGCUUGGACGAACUUGCAUAUAUGAUGAAAUGCAGGAAUGAGACGGGGCAAAUCGUUAUCCCUUUAUACUAUCAUGUCGAUCCCUCGGAGGUACGAAAACAAAGUGGGAAAUAUGAGAUAGCAUUCCCCAAACAUGGGUCGAUGAAGCCCUCCAAAGUUGAGUUGUGGAGAAAUGCACUGGUGGAUGCAAGCAGCCUUAGAGGAUGGAAUAUCGUGCACAUUGCUGACGGGCAUGAGGCGAAAGGUAUCCGACUAAUUGUCAAAAAAAUUUCAAAUAUAUUGUUCCCCGAUAAAGACCUUAUAGGAUUACGCACUCGCUUGGAAGAUAUGACAUUUGGAGGUGGUGGUGGGAUUACUAUCCCACCAUUUUCCCAGAAAGACAUGGAGCACUUGAGGAUUCCUCUCCAUGAAAUAUUGUUGGCAACAAAUAAUCUCUCUGAAAAUAACAUCAUCGCGGUGGGUGGAUUCGGGAAGGUGUACCAAGGCCUAUCUGAACAGCAUGGCACCAUUGCUGUAAAGCAAUUAGAUCGUAGGCACGGCCAAGGAGACCAUGAAUUCAUGAUGGAGAUUGCAUUGCUUUCAGCUUAUAAACAUGAAAACCUUGUCUCUCUUGUUGGCUAUUGUGACAAAGAUGGGGAGAAGAUACUUGUUUUAAAGUAUGAAAUCAACGGAAGUCUUGACAAACAUGUACAUAGAAAGGAUCUUACUUGGAUCCAACGCCUUCAGAUUUGUUUAGAUGUUGCCAAGGGGUUGAAGUACUUACAUGAAGAUGUUGGAGCUCAACAUAGAAUACUUCACCGUGACGUCAAGAGCUCCAACAUCCUAUUGGAUGAGAACUGGAAGGCCAAGAUUUCCGAUUUUGGUUUGUCUAAAAAUAGCUCUUGCAAAUGUGCCGUGUAGUGUUAUCAUUUCUCGUGUUUGUGGCACGCUGGGGUAUGUUGAUCCACAAUACCUAGAGCAUAACAUUCUCACACAAAAAUCUGAUGUUUACUCGUUCGAGGUUGUACUCUUUGAAGUUUUGUGUAGUAGGUUAGUAAAUGCUCGGGAGUAUCACUUUUCAGCCGAAUUGGCUCAAAAUCAUUACGAAAAGGAUACACUGGAUGAAAUUAUUGAUUCAGGGCUAAGAAGUCAAAUGAAUUCAGAUUGCUUAAGUAUUUAUUCAACCAUUGCCUAUCAAUGCUUGAAGAAACGAAGAGAUGAACGCCCAACGAUGGGCCUUGUUGUGGAUCAACUCGAGAAAGCAUUAGAUUAUCAACAAGGAUUGAGUGGAUCUUUGCAUGAUGUAUACAUUAGUUUUAGACACCGAGACACCGAAUGCCACAUUGUUGAUGAUAUUUAUGAUGCUCUUCACCAAGGAGAUGUUUCCACUUACAAGGAUGAGGUGACACAAUCCCGUAAUGAGUCAGUACUUCUAAAGGCCAUUGAAAGAUCACGAUUAUACGUCAUUAUCUUCACCAAAAAGUUCGCCAUUAAUUCUUGGUACUUGGAUGAAGUAGCCAAGAUUAUUGACUGCAUGAAAGAAAAAAGACAAUUUCUUUUGCCCAUAUUCCUCAACGUGAGUCGUUCUGACGUGCGGACACAAAAAGGAUAUUUCGGGGAUGUGAUGUCCGAAUAUGACAGACAUCCAAGGAUGGAAGUUUGGAGGAAUGCUCUUGUUGAAGCAACUAAUGCACCUGGGCUGGAAUACUCCAAAUUUCGGUCUAGUGCAGAUCUUGUCACGAACGUUGUUGAAGAAAUAAAAAAUGGUUUAUCGACACAAGAUAACUGAUGUGUUUCGGCUAUGUCCUAGUUUUUAAGUGUAAUGUUUCUCUUUUUAUUUUUCGGUAAUCUGAAGUUGUGACAAUUGAAGCCUGGAUGUUCAGAUGUUUGAUAAAUUAUGGGGAUAAAAGACCAUUAAAUCCUUUCUUCUGUUUCAAAGCCAUUUUCUUGAGUGCUUCUAGUUC